AUGGAGACUACAAAAAAGUGCAAACUGCCAGACUGGAUGAAAGCCCAAAUGAAUAAUUCAUUUGCAGAUGCAUUAGGCUGUAGCACAGAUGCAACUGAAGAGGAAGAAGAUUACUUAGUUUAUGAUGGAGAUGUAGGAAUAGGCUGUAAAUACAACAAUAACUCAGAGAAUUUGAAUGCCUGUAGUUGUACAAGAGAUAUUUCUGGUAUUUUAAACCUAGCCUGUUCUGAAGAUAACAAAAACAUAAAAGCAGCAGCCAAUUAUGAAACUCCUCUACAGCCUGAAGAAUUCUCCAGUCAUCACAGAGGCACCAGAGGAACAACUGCAGUUCCAAUUGAAAUCCCUGGAAGCGAAGCUUCCUUUCAGCAGGAAUUACCUGUUGGCAGUGCCAGUAAAGCAGGCAGCAGAGAACAUGGAACUACCUCCAAGAUGUCCACGGUCCUCCUGCGUCAUUUUUCUAGGGGAGAAUUACUAAGCACAUGCCCCUUAAUUGAAUGUGAGACAAUACCAGAGGUGUCCUUUACUGAAAGUAUCGAUGACACCGGGAGCAAACCUGAGCCUUCAGAGCACAGCAGAGGCUCUUUAGUGUAUGAACAAUGGGCAGCCAGCUCUGAGGAGUAUCCCUUAGAAAAGCACAAAGAAGUACAGGCUCAUGACAAAAAUGGAAACUCAUUAAAUGGGAAUAGAUCUGUUUCAAAGAAAUCUAUUUUUUCUUCUGGACAAUGUGGGUGCAGACAAGAAUUUUCACAAGUGGUUAAUGAGGCUGGAGAUACACACACCUUUCAAAACAUGAAAGAUGAGAGAGCCCUGUUUAAGAGAACAGUUUCACCUUGUGAGCUCAAAUAUGGCCAAGGGCAAGCUCACUAUUGCCUUCCUGACUUCUCUGACGCUGCUUCAGAAGUUCAAGUACCAAAAAAACCUGACAAUAUUACCUCAGUUCCCUCAACUGCAAGAGAAAAACCCUUUCCUAUUUUGCAAAGUAAAUCAGUACCUGUGAACAACAUUUUGGAAAAUAAGAAUCACUUCAAUUCUGCUGAAGUAGAGAACCAAGAAGAAAGGAGUAUUUCAGAACUGCUGCAACAGCUACAGAUACUUCCUCAGUCAGACUUUGCAAAUGCCAACAUUGCCAUUUCCUCAGGACACACUGGGACACCACCUGAUGUCAUCACAUUACGUGCUCCUGUCCCUGUACAACCUACACAUGGUUUGCUUAAAGCAAGACUGCAGCCUGGAACAGCAGCAUCAGCACUACCAGCAGCUGGGACAGUAAAAGCACAGUGUCUGAAUCCUUCUGAUUCACUGCCAGAACUAACACUAGGAGAAAAGAUGUCUCAAAUACUGAAGGAUCAGACAGAGCAACUGACUAAGAAAGUGGAAGACUUCUCUAAACAUAUGAUCCAGGAAACACUCUUUUUACAAGACAAAUAUCUGGCAUUAAAUCAACUGAAAAGAUACCUUGAUGCCUUGGAAAGAAAUUAUUUAAAAGCUAGAGAAGAGCACCACAACUUACACCUGCAGAACUACAAGGACAAGCCUAUCAACCUUGGAGAGUUUGAUCCUGAGAGAAGGGUGGAAGGAGGAAUAUUCAGACUUGGCAUGCUGCUUGAAGACAUUCAGGAACAAAUGGAAGGCAGCAAAGGCAGCCUGUCAUCGUUACUGACUUCCUAUGAAUCUGCCCAGUCUUUCUGUGAGAGCCUCACAGUUCCAAGCACCGCUGAUCUCCCACAAACAAGAGGUACUGAAACUCCAUCUUUUCACAAGAAGCAUGAGGGAGAAAGAAGUCAGACAACUGAUGUAAUCCCACCAGCAAAUCAACUUUCUUUAGAAGGCAAAAAGUGCAAUCUUUGUCUGCACAUAAAUACAAAUAUCCAGGAAGAAAAAACUGGGACAUCUCCACUCUUCAUGCAGAGAAAACCAACUGAUUUAUCAGAUACCAACCUGAGCAGUGAUUCAGAAGACUUCUCAGCCUGUGAUUCUUAUAAUGAUUCACAAAGCAAGGACCUUGGCAACUGUGACACUCUAAGUUACAAAUCAUUAAAUGUGAGAUUAUGUGGAGAGAAACAAGGACUUAGAUGCAGAUGCCUCAGGGGAAGCAGAGAUCAAGUAAAACUCAGGAAUUAUAAAGAGUCUGUUCAGUCUUGUACCCUGUGUAGAAGAAGGAGCUCUGGUUCAUCCUCUUAUUCACAGAAGAGAAUCUCCACUCAAAAGGCUCAAAAACCCAGUCAGCCAGAUGAAGUUGUAACCAGACUUCAUGAAAGGAAAUCCUUUGUGGCUGCCAAAACCUGCUGCUCAAGCACAUAUGAUAAAAUUAUCCUUCCACAGCAAUACACACCCAGUAAGAAAUCUGCCCAAAGAAAAUCUGCAAUCAACAUCAGAGACAGAAAUGCCAGUGAUUCCUAUUCAAAUGUUUUAAGUUCUACUCUGGAUCAUGCCAUAGAGACAGCAAACAGUUUAAAGGAAGCUACAGAGCGGAUGGUACAAGCAGUUUCAGAAGAUCUAGCUAAAGUUAAGAGAAAACAGUUUUAAUUAUCUAGUUCAAAUGCAAUAUUGUUCUGCUGGUUCAGACUGAAGUGUUAGUAUCUCUGCAAAAAUCAAAUGAUGAACACAAACAUGAAAAAGUCAGCUAGAUAACUUAGUUAGCUGUUCUGUACCUAUUGGUACUAAACCAAACCAGAGCACAAAGGUAUUCCACAUUUACACUCAGUCUUACAACUGUAAAACAAAUUAUUAAUUCUACUGAAAGUCUUUAUUAGGCUGGCUAAUCCAUUAUUGUGUACAGAUACCUUCUGUAAGUACUCACUUAAGACAGCUUCAUAAAAAUUGGCUUAAAGAAGCAAAAUUAACUGACUUGGAUUUUCCCCAGUACCAAAUGUGAGAAUAAAUCUCAGUCAUUAUUACAUGUCAUUUCUUCUCACACUUCAACUGCAGCUGCUUAAUCACACCAAGAGAAAACAGCCUCUGUACCUGAGACAUCUAGAAGCAAACAUGUUAACAUAGCAAGUCACAGUCAACAUUUGGAAUUACUUUAGUUUUCGAGUGCCCUAUAUUGAGAGUUGUUUGUUUUUAAGAAACAUCCUUGUAUGUUGCAAUGACUGAAUUACACUGUUUGUUGUUUAUGUAUUUUGUAACAAUUAAAUUGGUUCCUUCGAUUUGAUGUCCUUAAUUUGUCAGAUAUAUCUGGCUUUCACAUUUUAGCUGAUGCUAAGUAGGUUGGAAAAUUUUAAAAUACUGUAGAAAUUCAGUGAGGCAAGAAAAGUCAUCUAUUAUUUUCCUUCUAACAUCCAUUUAACUGCAGUGAUUAAAGGCAAGCAGCUAACAGCCUUGUUUAUCAGGGCUGCUACUCACUGAAGCCAAAGGACAUAAGGACUGAUGAAAACCAAGUUAGAAAUGCCAGUACAUUCCUUAAAAAGGACAGCCAUUCUCAGGCAAACCUGAGCAAUUUCAUCAGUGGAAGACACAGAAAUAACCCAGACUCUGUUCAUACAAGCAGAGAUUGCUAAACUCACUGCCAUGUGCCACUUACUCAUAGCCUGAGUCAUUGGCUUUUUUCAGGGCUUCUUUUCCUCCUUAGCCUUACUAUAUAUCCUUAGAACUUCAUUUGCCUCUCCUUAUUGUCCCUGGUUUUGCUUUUAGUUUAGUACUUGGAAUGUCCCCAUUCCAUUUGAUGAACCAGUUGAUUUAAAAGUGUUGCUUCUCUAGUUCUAUUGAAAAAAGAUACAAUGUAGAUUCAAUUCCAAAUUUGAAAUCUACAGACACUUAUUCUCAUCACAUCCCAUGUCCUGCAACAUUUUAGAAUCAUUAUGUCAUGUCCUCCCCUUUCAUUCCUCUCUGAGAACUUGACCUUUUUCCUCCUUUUAAUUAACUCUGAAUGAACUCAUCUAACAAAUAUGUUCUCUUAAAGUAUUGGUUAACCUGAGAGCAAAAAUAAAGGGCAAAAACUCAAAAUCACAAAAAAAUAAUACUCAUUAUUGGGAAAAGGUAAAUAUAAGGACACAAGCAAUCUAUUAUUUUUCAUUAUAACAUUUCUCUUGGAUUCUACAUACAACAAUCUAACAUUUCAAGGCACAUAAAUACAACAUCCCAUUAAAAGUUCAGUAAUUUUAAUUAAGUAAUUUUUAAAUAGAAAUCUAAACAUUACCAGUAUUACAGAAUUCUUACAAUUUGAUUUUUUUUAUUCUCUUCAAUGCAAAUUUAAGUAUAUCUUUCUUAAUAUGUAAUAACACCAUUUAAAAAAAGUCAGUUCUUUUGAGUGCAUCAGGUUUUGUGUGCUUUGUGCUUUUCUUUUUCAAGUUACCAAACCCUUUGAAAGACUGAGCUGCUUCCCUUUUUGUCCU